ACAGAUGUUAAAAGUUUUUUUAAAAAAAAAAUCCCAAUACGUCGUCGUUGGAAUUAGGGUUGUGCAUACACUCACUUGCCUCCUCCGACUGUCCCUUUCCGUGAGAACCGUCACUCCGCUCCGCUGCAACGGCCAAGCACGACGGCCCUUGGAGCCUACAGGACUCUCAUCAUAUAUGGAAAACUCACGCCAGGAAAAAGUUCAAAAAUUUGAAGAAUUUGUUGACAAACGCUUGAAACCUGAUCUUCUUCAUGCUAUUUCUCAGCGGGACAAGGUAUUUGAACAACAGAAAAUUUUUGCUGAUUUGCGAAGAAACAUUGAAAACCUAGAGAAGAAUAGUGUAACCAGUCUACGAACUUUGGUCAAUCUUGGGUCUGAAGUAUACCUGCAGGCAGAAGUGGAAAAUACGCAACACAUAUUUGUAGAUGUGGGAUUUGGAUUCCAUGUGGAGUUUACUUGGUCUGAAGCUUUGAACUACAUAGAGAAAAGGGAAGAAAAGAUAGCCAGGCAGAUAGAGGACUACACCCAGUUAAUUGCAUCAAUUAAAGCCCAAAUUAAGCUUGUAUGUAUAAUUUACUAUGUUUUCAUCAACUCACUGAUUUCUUAAUCCCUUUGCUUGUAAUUAUUCUUGUGUAAGGGGUGGUACUUGGUCAAGAUACUACUUGUCAGAGCUUUCAAUAUUAGCCAGCAUGCCUCACCCAGCCUUAGACCACAUGAGAUGGGAAAAAAACUUAUAGCCGAAAAGCCCACUAAGUGCCUAAUGCCCAUACGGCCGAAAAGCCUACAGGGCAUGUGGGUUAUACCAAUUCAUGGGGCAGCUCACUAAGAUAAAAAAUAGUCUACCUCUUACUGGGUUUGUCCUGGUAUUAACUUGUGUACAUGCACCUAUGCUUACCAAUAGAAACAACAAUGGACAUUAAAAUGUACUCUACAUUACCAAAUACAUUAAUUGGAACAGAAUGCGGUCUAUAUGACCCGUUGUAAUGCCUACAUUACUACCACACCAUAUUCAACUACAAUGGCACAUGCAAUUAGCAAUACUAAUUACAAAACAGUAAAAAAAAACAAGGAUUUUCUAAUAUU